AUGAGCUCCCCACCUCCUGCGCCCGUCGGCAUCGACCCGGCGACUUGGAACUCAAUCCUCCACAUCCGCACUGGUUGUUUUCCGACUUUACUCCCUGAACUCAGAAACGAUUACGGAUACCGGCCAAGCCUCGGUGCCGGCAUCGCCUUCGAUGCACUCUUUGGAUUGACUUUAGUCGGUCAUGUCAUUCAAACGAUUCGCUUUAGGCGCUGGACGUCCAUUCUGUUCGCCAUUGGCGCUCUCACGGAAGCGAUAGGAUGGGCCGGCCGAACAUGGAACGCAAAGUGCCCUUACAAUCACGACGCCUUCUUGAUGCAGAUCACGACUCUCAUCAUAGCACCAACCUUUUUCGCGGCCGGACUCUAUGUACUUCUCGGCACCCUAAUCAAGGAACUGGGGCCACAAACAAGCAGUCUGUUACCCGGCUCCUACGCAAUCAUCUUUUGCACUUGCGAUGUAAUUUCUCUGGUCGUGCAAGCUGUAGGUGGUGCCUUAGCAGCCAAGGCCACCGUCGAGCUCAAUGGAGACACAACAACUGGGACGCACAUUAUGGUCGCUGGGAUCGCGUUCCAACUCUUCACCAUGAGUAUUUUUGCGCUGCUAGUUUUUGACUUUAUCCGUCGCGCCAGAAGAUUGGUGAUGAUGAGGUCAACAAACCUUGCCCUGAUAGCUCUCUUUGUGGCAUUCUUGAUGAUAUACAUCCGAUCCAUCUACCGUACCGUUGAAUUGGCUGAGGGUUGGACUGGAUUCCUGAUCACUCACGAGGGAUCCUUUAUUGGACUUGAUGCGAUUCUUAUGGUGAUCGCUGCUGUUGUGUUUCUGAUAUUGGACCCUGCAGUGCUACUCCAAAAUCGCCGAGUCACCUCGGUGGAAAAAUGA